AUGGAAGGAAAUACUCUUAUAAGGGUCAGUCAUCAUUCCGCGGACUGGUAUUCCAACGACGUAUUCGACGCGACUGCCGAGGAACUCUGCGCCAUCGAGUACAUAUGCUCAUUUUUCCCCGUCUGGCGAGCAGAGCCUGAGAUUUCUUCAGAAGAAAUGUCCGAUGCUGGCGGCAGCAGUGGCGACGGAGCUCGAGAACCUGGGCGAUCGUCAACCACCACCACCAACACCACCACCACCACCAAGAAGUGUAUCUGGUUGGUGAACGAGAUGAAGGAGCCAGUGUUGCGGAUGAGCAAUCUGCAUCCUCUGUACGAUUUGUUGAUGUUUCGGACCGACGACGAGCCCGGCGACGAGCCCGGAGGAGACGACGAUGGCAGCACUCCCGACCUGUCGGGUGAAGUAGACUUGUCAAACCCGCAAUACUCCCCCGAGCGCAUGCGACAAAUGAUCCUCACUGUCCGAGGCGACGGCGACCUGGAGCGGGACUCGAGAGCCUGGUGGAGUUGCAGGGGGAACCCUCCGGCCAACGCGCGACUGGUGAGGUGUCAUGGACCUCCUGCAGAGAGCGACCAGUAG